UGUAACCUCUCUGGCCCAAUUAGUGCACGCGGCCGCCAGCCGGCCUCCGCGCGACGGGCGCCAGCGCCCGCGCGCCGCCGCGAUGGAGCGUCCCGCGGCCCGAGGCGCGCGCGCCGAGGCUGAGCUGGGAGAGCCGGCUGUCCCCGAGCCCGCCGAGGCAGGCGAGGGCGAGGAGUGGAUGGCCCAGUGGCAGGCGCUUUGCGCCGAGGCGGCGGCGCUGGAGGCGGAGUGCGGCCCCGCGGCGCUGAGGCCCCGCACGACGAGCGCGGCGCAGCUGGGCGAGCUGCUGGCCGAGGCCGACUUUGUGGCCGAGGAGGGCGGCAGGUGGCUCCGGUCGAUGUGGGGGGCGCUGCUCGACGUGCGUGGGCGCGCGGGGGCGCUGGGGGAGAACGCCAGCCUGGGGGCGGAGCCCGCGCGGCUGGAGGCUGCCUGCCGCGCGCUUGGCCGCGAGAUCGGCGACUUCCGGGCCGAGCGGCUGUGCGAGUUCCAGGCCGCGGCGGCGGACGAGGCGGAGCUGGAGAGCUUCCUCCACUCGUGGGCGCCCCGCUUCGAGAGGUGGCUGGAGGAGCCCUCGGCAGUCGGCGGCGAGAUCUCGGCGGGGGAGGCCGACAGCGGCCGGUGGGGCAGCUGCAGCAGCCUUGGGGUGUCCCAGAGCCUGGAGCAGCAGGCCUCCGAGCAGGGUGCACCAGGCCCUGCCUCUUCGCGCACGCAGCAGUCGCCCUCUUCCAAGGAGGACCUGGAGUUGCGCAACCAACUUUCCGACUUGGACUCAGCGGUCAAACAGCUCGGCGGGCCCACACUCGGAUGGUCGGCUCCUGCCCACGCCGCCUUCCUGCGCGUGUUCCGCGCGGCCAAGUCGGAGCCCACCCCCGCGUUCUACGCCAAGGCCGCCAGGCUGCUGCCUGACAAGCCCGCGGAAGACCUCGCGGAGCACGUGCGCCGCUUUGCGGAGUACGAGGGCGUGCAGCUGCAGAAGAGUCAGCUGCUUGCUCAGUGGCGCCAGCGCCGCGUGGACGCCUACACCGAGGUCGCCGACGCGAUGGCCGCCGAGCACGAGGCAGCGCGGCGCCAGGCCCGCAGCCGCGAGAGACGGGCGCGCGAGGAGCGGAAGCAGCGCGUGGCCGACUGGCGCCGCAUGCAGGCGGACGAGCAGGAGCGCCACGCCGCGGAGCAGCGCAGCGCCGACCUGGAGCGCACGCGCCUGGAGCGCGAGCAGCUGGCCCAGCGGCGGCGCCAGGCCUCCGAGCAGCUGGGCCACUACCGGGCCCUGCGCGAGCAGCAGCAGCGGCGGGCCUGCGCGGCGGAGGCGGCCGCUGGCGCGGCCUGCCGCGCUGCCUCCCUGUGCCGCGCGGCCUCUCUGGAGGCGCGGAGGCCCUGCCGCCGCCGGCCGCCCAGCCUCACCAGUGCCCGGGGCCCCCGCGCGCCCGCCGCCCUGGACGCCGGCAGCGGGCUCCGCGCGGCCUCCCCGACGGCGCCGGGCGC